AUGAGCACGUCAUUUCUGUUUGAAAAGCUGAAUUUUCUGAUUUUGGUGGCAUCAGAGGAUGAGCUUCCCAUCGCUCACUCUACUAGAGAGCUAUUGAUGGAUAAUUCAUGUAAUAAUUGUCAAAUAUACGCGCUUUAUAACGAAGAUCUGGGGGAGACCCAGACAGAUAGAGGUUGGUUCAUGGACAAAUUCGGCCCGCAAACGGUUCAUUUUGUCAUUAGUAAUACAAUCAAGUUUCCUUUUUAUAAGGCGGUUUUUUUCGAUCUUUUGAUCCCGGUCAUAUCACAUACUUGGGUCCAGGAUUCAGUGAAGACCAAGAGACAUUUGAGAACAAAUAUGUAUUCACCUAACCCAUUUCAUUUGCUCCGAGACUGUCAAGUAUACAUUUCUAAGAGCUCGUUCAAUAAAUGUGAAUACAUCUUGUACUCCGACUUGCUUCAUUUAUUAGGUGGCACUUCAGUCAAUUACAUCUCAAACAGAACGACGCAUGUGAUUGUCCAAAGUCCCCAAGACCCAAUUAUAGAAACAGUCAAUAAAUUGACUUUUGGCUCUUUCUCUUCUUCAUCGACCAACAAGCACACAGAAAAGCCUUUAAGAGAAUGGAAAUUUGUCUACCCAACAUGGUUAUUAUAUCAUUUCAAAAUGGCAGAGCCCUUAACAGGAGAACUUGCUACUUUGUGUGAGCUUGAUAUGCAGGAUACCAGUGACGAGCAGCUUUUCGCUAAAUGGGAAGAAGUUAUUGGUGAUAAGCAGACAUCGUCCUCGCAGCUUACUCUCCAUCCAAACAAAACGUUAUUCAAAAAUCACCACUUUGUUAUUUCACCAGAUUUAAACUUCUUCACACCUUUAUAUUGGUUUCUAAAAGGAUUUAUCGAAAAUUUGGAUGGUAAAGUAACUCCAUUGAGUUUUUCUGACGAUCUGAAUUCUGUUUACGAAGCUUCUCCUGAUAUUGACUGUUAUAUUGGCCACUCUUCCAAUUCACCAAUACUAGAGAAAGCCGAAAGCAUUAAACCGGAAGUUCAUGUUGGAAAUGUAAGUUGGUUGUUCUAUAUGUUUGCGCUUCAACAAUUUAUACCUGUAUCGCAAUGUAAACUUAUUCACCAACCAUUUCAUGCGAAAUUAUUUACUUCUAAAGAAUUAACAGUCGCUUACACUAAUUAUUUCGGCGCUCAAAGGUUUUAUAUUCAGAGAUUAGUGGAAAUUUUAGGAGGACUUAGUACACCUGAACUAACAAAGAAAAACACACACCUGAUAACAAAGAAUACAAUUGGAAAAAAGUUCAAAGUCGCAAAGAAAUGGUCACUGGACCCACAAAACGCCGUCAUUGUUACAAAUCAUAUGUGGUUAGAACAAUGUUAUAUGAACAAUUCUAAGCUAAAUCCUAAAGACAGUAGAUAUCAAAAUUUUAAAUUAGAUGACAACAUGAGAUGGAAUAUUGGUCAAACAGGAAUGGUCCAUUCAUCUCUCCCAACUUCAAAAAUCCUAUCGAUGGCAGCCGUCAAUAAGCAAUCCAUAUCAAGGAAUUUAUCCCCUAUAAAAGACCAAACUGGGGAUGACACUAAUAUACUACCAAGAAAAGAUGACACGCCCACCAGUAGUUUUGUGAACUCAAUUGAUGAAAAAAUCGAUAAAUUACAAAAAAUUUCGAGGGAAGUGGCUGUAGCUCAUCCUGCAAAUUUGGAACGGGACUCUGAUUCCAGACCUUCAACAGUAAAUUCUCCAUCAACUGACAAUGCAACGGUCAAUUCGCAAAAAAGAGACUCAAACUCUGAUAUUAGUGUGAAAACAAAGGAGGUUGAAAAUCCCAUCGCAGAGCAUGAUGCCACUAAGAGCGAAGAAAUGAGGGAGCAGUCACAUAAGAAUGACAUCGAUUAUAAGAAAGAAGAAGAGGAGACAAUAUCUCAAAUUCAGCUCGGACAGCGAAUCAAAGAAGAGAGUGAGCAUUCGAAGAAAAAUGAAAAGAAGGGAUUAACGAAUAAAUGUUACACCGAAAUAGAUGAGAUCAUAAAAGAAAAGCAAGAAGACGAAGAUGCAGGAAAGCCGAAUUCAAUGGAAGAUGCCAAUUGUCAAAAAGAAACUGAUAAAUUCUCUCAUUUGUUUGAAGGAUUAUCUGAUAAUAAUGAUGGCAUUGAUGAGAACAAAUCGGCCGUUAAUUCCGGGUAUACGACACCAAAAACAUCUCAAAUAAAUGUUAAGAGUGGCAUUGAUACUCCAAUUACUACGCAAACGCAAGCUUUCACACCUUCAAGUAGCAAUUCAAGGUUGGCAAAGACACAAGCUGCCAAGAGAUUGCAUACAGAUAUUGAAUCAUUAAAUGAGUUUCAGAAAAACUUUAAAAGGAAAAGAAUCGAUACCGAGGAGGUUUUAUUGCCUCAAGAAGUUGAAAAAUCAAAUAGCAACAAACAAUUGACUGUUAAAGCGGAAAAGAUAUUAAGCAGGUUUAAUGAAUUACCUAAUUAUGACCUAAAAGCGGUUUGCACCGGUUGUUUCCAUGAUGGGUUUAAUGAAGUUGACAUAGAAAUUUUAAGCCAAUUAGGUAUAAAGAUUUUUGACAAUAUUAAUGAAACGGAAAGGCUGAAUUGCAUUUUUGCUCCAAAGAUUUUGAGAACCGAGAAAUUUUUAAAAAGCUUGAGUUUUGAACCAUUGAAGUUUGCAUUACAACCUGAAUUUAUCAUCGAUCUACUGAAACUAAUCCACUCUAAAAAGGAAAAGCCCUUUCAAAUAAAUUUAAACUUAUUUGAUUACGAGAUUAAUGGAAUUGAUGAGAGUAUAAUAUCAAAGACCAAACUGCGUACUAAGGUGUUCGAGAGAGCGAACAUUGGAUGUAUUAACUUAGUGAAUGAUAUACCGGGUGGUGUGGAUACAAUAGGUUCUGUUCUAAAAGCGCAUGGAAUUAAAAAAAUCAACGUUUUACGCAGUAAGAAAUGUACUUUUGAAGACAUAAUGCCUAAUGAUGUUUUCAAGCAAGGACAUGGAGGCAUUUUUAAAUACGUACUUAUCGUCACUAAAGCUUCCCAGGUUAAAAAAUUUACUAAAUUAAUAAACGAUCAUGAUAAGAACGCAACAAUUUUGAUUGUUGAAUGGAAUUGGUGUGUUGAAUCCAUUUUUCAUCUCAAUGUUGACUUUACAGCAAAGAAAAAUGUUUUAUACCAAAAGAAAAAAUAA